GCCCACUCGACGCAGCCCAAGCCGCGGCUCCGACCCCCCGCCAUGCUGGACUACUUUUGCAUGCUGUUUCCGGACGAGGAAAGCAGGGCGCCCGGUGGGCCCGGCCAGGCAUGCUGGGAGCAGGCGCUGGCCGAGGCCCGGGCCGAGGAGACCGUCCGCCACAGCUCGGAGAACCUGGUGGCACUGGCCGCCCAGGAGACCGCCCUGAUCGACAUCCGCAAGAGCCUGGCCCAGUGGGAGGUUGCGAGGCAGCGCAUGGCUCGCGAGAGGGCCAAGGCCGAUGCAUCAGGCACCGCAGGCCGCGUACGUCUCGCCGCCCGCGCUGCCAAUGACGUCGUCAUCGUCCAACGUCGCAUCGCCGCCACAUCGCCCGAGAGCCUCGCCGCCGGGCUGGCCGGACUGGCGGAAGACGCCGAUGCUGCUGGAGUGUGGGCCGAUGUUGAUGCCGUGCAUGACUUUGCGCGUGAUGUCGAUCACCGUCUCGCGGUCAGCGUCUCGGUCCUCCACACCAUCGAGGUGCGGGCAGCCGAGGCGUCUGCGUCACUGGCGCGGCUAUCGGACGCGAUUGCUCGCAUUGUUCGCCGUCAGUACCGCCGAGUUGCGCUCCGCUACCAUCCGGAUCGUUUUGCCGGAGCAGAGGUAGACGAAGCGCAGGCCGCCGAGGCCGCGUUUGCUGAUCUGGGCGAGGCGUAUGUGACGCUGGCCAACGCCGCGCUUCGGCGCGAGUACAUGGCCAUGUGCAACCACGAACUGUUCAAGCUUGCGCAUGCCAACGAUGUCGAUGCCGAUACCGCCGCCGACCUCGGACGUGCCCAGGUGCUGGCCAUCGAGUCGGGUGCGCCGGACCAAAUGCGCAAGGUCGAGGUUUGUGUUGCCCGCGGCGAGCGCAAGCUUCAAGUACGGUGGAGCACAGCGCCACGAGCGGCGAUGAUCGAGAUUGCACUCAUUCCGCCCACCGACGCGCUCCGGACGCUGCACCUCUCACCGUCGCCACUCGGCGGCUCAACCGUGGUCGCUGUUCACUCUCCGAGCGUCGGCCUGCAUCAGGUUGUUGCCCGCGGCGUCAACUCGUCAGGCGACGGACCGUGGUCGUUCCCGGCCGAGUUUACUAUCGACGAGGAGACCGGCGAGCUGACAGCCAUGAGUGCGGCGGAUCUGGCAGCGGCGCAGCAGGCAGCCGCGGCGCAGGCAAUAGCAGAGAUCAAGACCCGAAACCGCGCCCGCCGCAAGGCGCGGGCCAAGGCGCGGGCCCAGGCAGCGGCAGCGAGCACAGCCGAGCCUGACCCGCCACAUCUCGUAGCCAUCCACAAGGCAACGCGCACACUGUUCAAGGCUGCACGCAAGCACUCGCCAGCGAUGAUGGUGCGAGCGUUGGCCGGGCUUCCAUGUCAGCGCGCAACAGCGGCGGCGGUCAAUGGCGCAAAUCGGGCCGGCGACGCGCUGCUAGUUGUUGCCACUCGUGAGGGUGACGAGGACGCCGCCAAGUGGCUGGUGGAUCACUUUGGUUCGUGCGGCCUCGACUGCAACGCGGUCGAUAACGCGACGGGUCGGACGCCGCUGGCAUGGUCGAUUGUCUCGGGCGCCGAAGACGUGACCGAUGCUCUGCUGAGGCUCGGACGUCGAACGAUUGAUCUUGACCUGCCGGACUUUGCUGGAUGGACGCCGCUGCACUUUGCUGUCCGCGCAGGGAAGCCGCGGCUUGUCGAGCGGCUGAUCCGGAUGCGCGCGCCGCUGAAUGCGGCGUCGUACGAGUGCCCGAGUGUGACGCCGCUGCAUGUGGCGGUCGAGCACAGCGACGCAGGCAUGGUUGCGCAUGCGCUGGCCGAAACCGACGUCUCGCCGCUGGGUCUGGCGCUGAUGAAGGGCAAUGAUGAACUGGUACUCCUCGCCGAGCUAGUGCGACUCACGCUUCUGAGCGACCGGGUCGAGCUGCUGCUUCAGCUUGUGGGGAGCGAGACACUGAACGCGAGCCGUGAUGACGCAGGCAACAGUGUUCUGCACGCAGCGGUAGCACUCGGAACCGAGCAUGCCCAGGCCGUGCUGGGCGAGGCUGUUGGCGCCGGCGCAGAGUGCGAGAACGCCGCGGGCUUGCUGCCGAAAGACAUCACAGCAGUGACGCUCGAGGAUGUGCUGGGUGUCCGCGAGGAGGAGGCUGGCGACAACAGCGGCGAUGAGGCGGCGGAGUCCGAGUCGGACUCUGAGGAGGGCAGUGAGCAUGUGGCCGGACCGAGCGGGAGCAAGGAUGUUGUUGAAAGGAUGGAAGACGAGUCUGGAGCCGGUAGCCUCGACCUGCUCCCUGUCGAGAUCAUCUUUGAGGUUCUGCGCCUUUUAGAGAUGCGCGAUGUAGUUGCGCUCUCGCAGACAUGCCGCGCGAUGCGGGCGCUCCUCGUCGACAACAUACUCUGGCGCAAGCUGUUCCGGCGGGCGUUCCCGGGGUAG